GAUUGUUUUGAAAAAGAUCGAUCGCGAUUUAAAAGUACAUCGGGGAUGAGAAUGAGAUUAUGUGUUUGAGAUGCAUCAGACUUAAAAUUCACCCGCUAUUUCAUUAGUUACUCAAAGGUGGGAUUCUAGACUUUUGUGUGUUUACUUGCAUUCGCAACUUUUCUCAAAUGUUUGAUUCUUCAAAAUCUGAAUUUUUUACUAAAAAAGCUUUUAGUUUAACAGAUGGUGUAUGAUACAUUCUUUUUAGAAUAUGCACAAGUUAUGAAAUCCUUUGGAUUAAUUUUAUAUCAAUUUUCACGCGUUACAUAAUUUUACACAAAAUACCGUGUGUUUGCACUAAAUCCUUUCCAACACUGCCAGUGAAAUAUGUCCGUGUUAUCAUUAAUUGUAUGAGCUGUUGAAUCAGCUUUAAAGUUGGCGGGAUCCAAAACAUACAGAUCAAGUUUAAGAAGGAGAUUGGAUGAUUGGAGGUUUCUGAGGAGUAAAAGGAGAAAGAAAAACACAGUGAAAGAAUCAAAUAUUAAGGCUAUGUGGUCUAAUGUCCAGGUGUCCGAUGGCUGUCCAGCGCCCAGCUCGCGUUCCAAGCACGCCAUGUGCGUCUCUCCGACUGGCUCCAUCUAUCUGCUAGGGGGAAGAAGCGCUAACCUGCCUUUGAAGGACCUCUGGAGGUUUGACCCAGUGCAAAGCGUAUGGGAAGAGUUGAAGUGUCGGGGCAGCCGUCCACCCUGCCUCCAAGAGCACACAAUGGUCUGCUGGAAGAAUAAUAUUUACGUGUUUGGCGGAGAAAUUGGCUUCGCCUCAACAGGAGAGACGCCAUUGUGGAUUCUUGAUCUAAAUGCCUCGACAUGGAGAAAACAUCAUGUCCGGGGGUCAUCUGUCCACCAACCGUCCGGGCGCAGGGGCCACACUGCCGUCAUGUUUGAUGGGUUCAUGCAUGUUUUCGGAGGAUACCAGGACCUCCGCGGAUCCUCGUCGGAGCUCUGGAUAUUUGACCUCUCUACGGAGCGGUGGAGCUUGCUUCUGACCCCGAGUUAUUUCGAGCAACCCCCUCCUCGCCACAACCACUCGUGCAUCGUCCAUGACGACGCCAUGUGGAUCUACGGGGGCCUCACGGACCUGCAGCCAAGGGGAGACUUCUGGAAGUGGGAUUUUGGUGCUCACAGGUGGUCCAGAAUCAAAACGCAGCGCGGACCCGGCGAAUUGCACAGCCACUCUGCAGUCAAGGGGAUGGCCUUUAUGUAUGUGUUUGGCGGAGAAAAAUCUGGCAUGGCCACCAAUGAAUUGUGGAGGUUCCAUUUUGUGACGGAGACUUGGGAGCGAAUCAACGCCGAGGGGAUCAUCCCUCCUCCCCGCUGCCGGCACGUGGCUGUCCCGAAUCCGGUUUUGUACAACGCCGAGACCAAGUUGCAGGCAUGGGGUGGUGACUCCAUGAGCGAAAAAGUGCCAAAUCGAGCAAAUCCGCCCAAGUCCAUCUCAAUGUGCUUCGGCCAGACCCCCUCUGUGGAACCGGAAACAAAGCGAUACUUCAAGUUUCGAGUCCAUCCAGUGUCCAGGUUUUGCAGCAAAAACACUAGCUCAGACGAAGACGAGGACGAGGAAUACAACGUCGGCUACAACCAGAGCGCAGCCCAGGUCAACCUCAGAACAUUACGUGAUAAAUUCCACAGCAGUCGCUUAGUACGAAGCAUAUCCAGUGGCAGCUAUUCCAUCCUGCACAACCAGGCAUCUAACGAAGUUCGUCGGGAUGAACUGGAGAAGCUCGUGGAAGAAAAAACGCCACACUUUCAGCAUCGUCCACGCCUAAAAAUCCAAAAAUCCCAAAGUUCCGAUGCUGUCCUGGAAUCAGAUAAUGAAUCUACACCUCAGCAUAAAUCUAAAAAUAUUGAUGUCACCGACUCCCCUCCCUUGUGGGUGGAAAAUCCAAAUACGCUGCUGCGAUCGUCAUGGUCAGAGAGCACUUUCCAAAACCGAUAUCCAACCACCAAUGGUUCUGCUAGAGCGAACAGCACCGAUAUCGUCACAACCCCCACUACCAGACUUGGGAGGCUGACAUACGAUGGUCUACUGUCUACGGUUCGAGAUGUUAUUGAGGAAAAUAGUGAGAAUGCCGAUGAACCAAACAUGAUUGUAAGUAUUCAGAACAACGAAAACAAAAAUCCCAACUGCACUGAACAGAAAGAAGGGCUGCUUAUCGAUUUAGGAGAUGGCAAAGAAACAGUACAAUAUUGUAACAAUCAAUUCAAGUCAAGCCAUACCAUCUCCGACUUCGCAUCUCAGACAUUUACACCUAGUAUUGAGAACCGUGGGCUUCCACACUCUGUGUCUCAUAGCUCUGGUUACCACUCUUUCACUGAAGAAGACAACAGUUUUGAAUGCCAUCGAGAAUUCGCCGGCUGUUUGAAUACAGUUGCUUCGCGAAAGCUUUUGCUUAAGGGUAAAGAUCUGGAGCUGAAGACCUUGUCCCCCAAUGAAUCUCAGAAUAGUGACAGCGAAAUAAUUCUGCCUCCACCACCUUGUAAACAGAGGGCAAGGUCUUUAGACAGAACUUCGCAGAGGAAAAUGGUUCGCAGCUAUCCCUCAGGUGGCAGUAUCACGCCAACGGUUUUGAUGUCCACUAGUAUCGUGGAGGACAGUUUUGUAUCGCGAAUCGAAAAGAAACUCCCCAAGCCUGUUGUCGUCUCAAAAAGAGAAACUCCAUUGUCUCCAGUCUCCCACUGGUCGCCAAGCCCAGCUAGAACAAAGAUAGAGCAACAUGAAUGGCAACUUUGUUUGUACAUGUUUGGCGGAAGAGAACAAGGAGCCCCUGGGAUAUAUAGACAGCCAAUCUCUAUAUGGAAACUUUAUGUAUGAAUCAGCAUGUCCAGUACCAGAAUAUAAAGUUAAUGUUGCUUUUAUGCUUUUUUCUUCUCAUGUUUGAAAGUAAGAAAAGCUUGUUUUGCUCUCCCUGUAAGUUUGAAGAUAUGAAUGAAGCUACAUCAAAUGAAAGAUAAAUUCAAUAAGAAUAUCUAUGCACGAUUCAAAAAAUUCAAAUACUAACACCUGAAAAAGAACGGAAAGUUCUUUUUAAAAAAGUAUUGUUCUUUAAAAAAUUAUGAAAUUUUUGAAUAUUCGAUUAAUGAAUACGGAAAUUUAAAGAAAAAUAUACUGAUCGCAUGGGCAUUCUUGCAAUAUACAGGGCGAGCACAAGGUCUUUUCUUGAUUGCAAUUUAUUUAUAUAUAUAUAUAACUGGUAGGCAUAUAUUUAUUUUUGUAAAUGUCGCAAUUGAAUUCUAAUGAAACCAACUGUCGUAGUAAAGUUCUACAUGGAGCUGCUCUAAAAAAGUCAAAGCAAUAUUAGAGUUCUUGCUCUGCUUCGUGCAAUAUUUGUUCUGUAUACCAGACAUGGCGUCUCGUCGUCUAACAAACAAAACUAACGACCACAAUUUUACAAAAGGGAGGGGGGGCUGAAUUUUUCGCAACCAAUACCGAUUAUAAGUGGAUUUUCCCCCUUAUUCACAUUUUCAUUAAAAAUUAAAUGUUGACUUUUUUUUUUUUUUUUUUUUUUUUUGCAUACCAUUUUGCCAUCAAACUUUGUGCUCACUCUCUAUCAAUGUAGGUUCUAUUGAAAAAGAAUGAAGUAAAUGUAAAUGAAAUAAGAAAGUCAUUUUUUUUUCUGAAAUUUAUUAAUCGAAUUCAAAAAAUUAUGUUUCUUUUACUUGAUUUCAUUCCCAUUUAUCAUAUAUAAUGAAAAAUUUCGUCUAAAAAUAACAAUACCAAAAUUUAUUUAUAUCAGUCAACUUGUAUGUACAUAGCUAAUUGAAGAAAAAAAUUGGCAAAUCUUUUUAAUUAUUUAAUCACAAAUUUCAAAUCAUUGUUUAUUGUUGAACGUUCGUUUAAAUGGUUCUUUUAAAAAUACAGUUCGUUGUAUUAUAUUUUAGUCUACUAUUAUUUUAAAUAAUAACAUCAAUCGAUUAUUUCCUUUAUUGUCAUCAAUAUAUAUUUAAGAUGUUCUAUAGAGACUUAUAUAAUAAAAUAAAUGCGCUUUAAUCUUUUCAUAUACUAUAGGAGACCAAUUCGAAGCUGAUGGGACCACAACAAACAUUCGAAUGAAGAGAAUUAAUAAUAAAAUUCUUUAGGCAACAAAAAAUUACAGUUUUUAAGAUAAAAAUGACAGUAAAGAUUUAUAUAUAUUAAUUAACAGUUUUAAUAAGUAAAGUAUGAAUAAAUAUUUAAUUAUAAUUAAUGAAAUUUUUGUAAUUUAAAAGUAAAAAUUUAUUAAAUAAACAGUAAAAUAAAAUUGUAAUAAAUAAACAGUACAUAGUACUUUGAAUACAAUAGUUGGUUUAAAAUUUCAAAAUUAGUCAUUACAAUAAGACUCAUGAGUUAAAGUUUCUUGCUUUAGCUUCAAACUGACCAAAACAUUUCAAAUAAAAAAUAGCCAAGUUCUUCAGUAUUUUAUCUCCAUAUAUAUAUAUAUAUAUAUAUAUAUGAAUAAUAUAUAUAACUAAAAUGCAUCCAAAAUUUGUAUUUUGGCAUACUGGUAUUGAAUGAUUUAGUGUUAUUUCUGCUAGUUAUUCAGUAUUUGUGUGUCAGAAUUAAGGUGAAUAUAUAUAUAUAUAUAUAUAAAAGUACAGUUUAUUUCCAUUGUAUGUAAAUUAUGCUUGAAAUAACAAAUGAGAUUUUUCCUUGAAAAUUUUUAAAUGAUGAUAAUUAAAUUAAUAAAUAUUAUAUCACUAUAUAUAUAUAACAUACUUAAUCAUUUAUACCAAAUUUAUGAAAAUAAUAAAAUAUAAAAACUAGCAAUUUUUUUAGCUUUUGCAGUCAAAU